UGCCUGUCAGUUGGCAUCCGAGUGCCCAUCGGACAACAUCGGUACUUGUUACACACCGUUUCACCUUCCACCACAUUUUUUACCUAUUUUUUUUUUCUCUCGAUCUAUCAUUCUCGAGUGCAGUGAGCGAUUUGCAAUGUUACGUAUCCCCACGGUACCUCGGACAAUGAAAAAAUAAAUUUAUCAAACAAUGACGAGGAAAUGCUGUGUAUUUUCAUUUGGGAUAAUUCUUCGCUGUUGAAAAAGCAAAAAGAAGGCUUUUAAAAUUGUUGUGAUUCAGAGCAUAAAAUUGCUCGUGCUACCGGUUAAGAUAAUGACUUGGAAAUUAUAAAGAGUUACUAGUCCAAAAGUGUAAUUCCAGACAAUACUAUUUUCAUCGGGCAAUGAGCAGCAUCUGAUUUGAUAAAUCGAUGCUGCCGCUAUCGAUUGAAUAAAUCAUCAAUCAACGGAGACAAAUGAAAAUAAAUCGAGUAUCCCUCUGAAAAAGCCAACUUUCACUGCUGCUUGAACGAUCCGAUCUCCUUCAAUUCAAACGUUAUAUAAAUCCAUUUCGUGCACUAAUUAUCGGUAUCUAUGGCUCAAGUAUUUGACGAUACAAUGACUACGUGGAGUUUUAUCCCGAGAAUCGUGAGGAAUGUGUACCAGGUGUGUCCCUGUGAAAAUCUGAGAAAAUCGUAGGACAAGUCGACAACGAGUGGAGAUGGGAAUGGAAUAUUAUUUGACGAUUUGAGUGGGCCUAUAGUCAUUGUGCAAACAUUGACAAUUAAAAUAGUGAGGCAAGUGGAGAAAUGGAAAGUAUUAAUUUAGUUGUUUCGCGUUUAUGUACGCAACAGCAAACGAUUAAAAUAAGAAACGGUCAGACACAGCAAACUGUAGUGAUGGCACCGUCUCACCUCAACGGAUCGGCGCAGUUCAUUUCCGGCGGAUACGUCGGCUACAUGCCCCUUCAAUCCUGGCCAUAUCCAUCUAACCAGCAUCAACAGCAGCAGCAGCAGCAGCAACAGAGUCCAAGACGUAAUGGUGGUAGACCACUGUCUCAUCCACCUCCUCCACCACCAUCAACGGUGUUACAACGCAACAAUAAUGUCACCAAUGGACAGCAUCAACUAAAGAGCAAUUCACUUCCGCGAUCGCGAAUUGGCACGCAAACAAAAAGCACGACGCCCUCGAAGGUAGAUCCCGAGCUGAUAUUUACCAAGCAGGAGAGAAUUGGAAAGGGCAGCUUUGGGGAGGUGUUCAAAGGGAUUGACAACAGGACCCAGCACGUUGUUGCCAUCAAAAUCAUUGAUUUGGAAGAAGCUGAGGAUGAGAUCGAGGACAUACAGCAGGAGAUUAUGGUACUGUCGCAGUGCGACAGUCCAUACGUCACCAAAUAUUAUGGUUCCUAUCUCAAGGGGACUAAGCUGUGGAUCAUCAUGGAAUACUUGGGUGGUGGUUCCGCUUUGGAUCUCAUGAAGGCCGGAAGCUUUGAGGAGAUGCAUAUUGCCGUUAUUUUGCGAGAGGUACUCAAAGGACUUGAUUAUCUCCACAGCGAAAGGAAAUUACAUCGAGAUAUUAAAGCUGCAAACGUUCUGCUGAGCGAAAUGGGUGAUGUUAAACUAGCGGACUUUGGUGUCGCUGGACAACUGACGAACACAACGAGCAAGAGAAAUACAUUUGUGGGGACUCCAUUCUGGAUGGCGCCGGAAGUCAUCAAACAAUCGGCCUAUGAUUCUAAAGCAGACAUUUGGUCUCUUGGGAUAACCGCUAUUGAACUGGCAAAAGGUGAACCACCAAACAGCGAGCUCCACCCGAUGCGAGUCCUCUUCCUCAUCCCCAAGAACAAUCCUCCCCAAUUAACCGGAAACUAUACAAAGCAGUUCAAAGAAUUUGUCGAAGCCUGCCUGAACAAAGACCCCGAGAACCGUCCCACUGCGAAGGAACUCUUGAAAUUUCAAUUUAUUCGUAAAGCAAAGAAGAAUUCAUAUUUAAUCGAUUUGAUUGAUCGCUACAAGAAAUGGAAGUCCCUGAGAAGCGAAGAAUCGGAGACUGAGAGUGAGAACUCUGAUUCGGAGGAUUCAAAACAGGACAGCGAUCUGGACGAACCAUGGAUAAUGACUGUGAAAGGUCCUCACGGUGGAAAAUCUCCAAUGAUGCCGGUUUUAGCUCCCAUGGAGGAUCAAGCAACAUUGAGUAAUUCCUUGAGUAAUUCAAUGAGCAACAGUAGUCCAAAUCACAGCACUGAUAAGACCCACGCCAAUGGUGGAACAACCUCACCCUCUCAAGACCCAUUAGAAUCGCCAAUAUUUUAUUACAAGAAUGAAUCGAGAGAUUCUUUACGUGAAUCUCUACCAAGAGAUGACAAUACGCCGUCCCAACAGAAUCCAAUGCAGAGUCCAGUGCAAAAAUCAGCUGUUUGGUGUGAUACAAGUGAGGAUCGCCAGUUCAGAGAUUUUAGACAGCAGAAAAAACCACAGGUGCGUGAUAAUAAUACACCUAAGGCUAGGAGAAGCAAUUCAAAACCUGAUGUGCCUGUUGUGCCAAUGGAGGAUAAACAGCGACCGAGGAGCUCACAAGAGCCCAAACAUGCUCGCAGUCCUACUCUCAAUUCACUUCUCUUUCCGCUUCUUUCGGAACUUCAACGCAAGUAUCAAUAUUCGACGAGGGACAAUAAUGGAGAGGGCACUGGAGGCCGACCUGGUGGUGCUGUUGAGGAAUUGAGGAGUGCGUUUGAGCUGGCUGAACGCACGUCCCCAGGAAUUAAUGAAGCACUCGUUAAGGAAGUUCUCAAGGCCCUCCUACCAACUAAUCAUUCGGACAGCAGGUUGUCGCUCAUCAUGGAGAAGAUUACUUUAAGGGAUACGUAGGAGAAGGUUUGGACUGAAGUCCGAAAAUGACUGUGGAUUGAAAGCACCUUGACAUUAUGAAUGGAUUCUCGUCUUUUGAUUCGAACUCUAUAAAAUCGGGAUAUCAUCAACCAACCACAAGUGUACUUGUGCUUCGACGAAUUCACGAGAGCAAUCGUGUGCCAGCGGUCUAUCCGAAUUCCUGCCUAUAUUUAAAAAAAUGCAAAAAUGCAAAAAAGCGAAAAAAAAAACAACAAAACUCCGAGAAAAAAAUGUUGAAAAAAAUUGAAAAGUUGAGAUGAAAAAAAAAAAUGGAAAAAUGCCUCGGUCUGUCGCAGUUGUUCGUUCGUUUUAAAUAAUGCCAAGUUCUCCAUUUUAAUUCCUUUCUUUAGUUGUUUUAUGCACUCGUUAAUGGGUGAGAGGAAAAGUUUUAGGAACGUUUAUCACGUUACGUUUAAACUAUAGCAACGACCGAGGCUGUUUAUAGAGAAAAAGGAGGCAAAAAUCCAGGCAUUAUUGUACACUGGAAAUGAAAAGCCAUGUAAAUAUGUAUGUAGCUCGAUAAGAUAUACUUAUUGUUAUGGUCGACAAUGUUCCGGCCGAUUUCCCCUUCCCACAUUCCCUUCGCGAAUUACGUCGCGUACGGGAGGUUUGUUCGAAACUAGAAGAGAAAAAAAGAGUUUAAAAAAGAUUUUAUAGUGGGAAAAUACGUCGACGGACCAGUCGAUUUUCCCUCCCUUCCCCAUCCCUCAGUUAUUGACUUUCUCCUAGUGUUAACUCAUCAUUUUUUGUUCUAUUCCUCUGUUUUACUUUUUAUUCUUUUUUUUUGCAUUUUCAUUUGAGAGUUGAUGACGAAUUAUUAACAUGAUUGAAUUAGGGUGGAUUGAGGUGAGAUGAGGCACAUAUGCAUGAUUACUGAAAUAUCGAGAAAAUAAUCCGUGAAAAAUUCUUUUGGGUUGUCUCCUUUCGUCGUUUAAUUACUCAAAUAAACGUAGGCAGUUUAAAAUGAGAAUAAAAAAGGGUGAGAGUGUAGAAAAAUGUCCUCGGACAUUACAUGGCAGUGAGUUCUAUGAGUACCAUGUGUAGUAUUCCGUAAUGAGACUAGUGGAUUAGAGAAUGCAUUAGAAAGAAUAAUUAAAUGAAAAAUUUAUGAAACAGUAGAUAAUUGAAGGAAGUUAUCAUCAAUUAUUUUAUUAUCAUUCCUACUAUGUUGUUAAGGUAUUUCGAGGGAAUAUCACAGAAUAUCAGCGUCAAUGAAAUAAUUUGUCAUUGCUUAACGGUCCUACGAGAAUCCUUUGAAAGUUCUAACAUUUCCUCUACCCUCUCACCCUCAUCGCAUUUCUGCUCGUUCUCCUCAAUAGCUACUAUUCAAAAGGGUUUAUGUAGAGGAGUAAAUGUAAAGAAUUCACAUUUUAUUUGAACACGUAGAUGAAUAUAUAUUUUUGUUGAUUAUAAAAUCAUCUUGAGUGAGUACUCGCGGGGGAAAAAAUGGAUUAUUUGAGAAAUGCUCUUUCACUUUGCCCUCAUCAAACUUGUUUCCUAAAACUAAUGAAAAUUUUGGACUCCAUACGUUGGAUCUCUACAUACAAUCUCACUGAAUUCCAUUUUACUCUUAUUUUCUCAUUAAUUUUCUCUUUGCUCCUUAUAAGUGGCCAUUACUAUUUAUUAUUUUCCUCGAUCAUGUCAAGUAGUCUUCACAUGAAACAAUGCGAAAAA